GUACCUUAUCGAUAGACAAAAUGAUAGCUUCCAGUAUAUUAAUAUUCAUUACCUGUAUUCUUGGCCUAGUCUACUAUUGGUGUAAACACACCUACAGUUAUUGGCAACGCAAAGGUAUACCCUAUAUAAAACCAACACCCAUUAUAGGCAACACUAAAGAAGCUUUUCAGUUAAAAACCAGUUUUGGUUUACAUCUCUCCGACAUCUAUAAUGAUCCCAAGGUGGCUGAUGAGGCGGUUGUCGGUAUUUAUACUUUCAAUCAGCCAGGUUUAAUAGUUCGUGAGCCAGAACUUUUAAAAUCUAUAUUAAUUAAGGAUUUUCAUUAUUUCAAUAAUCGCUUUUCAAAAUGUGAUCCACAUGGUGACGCUUUAGGUAAUAGUAAUUUAUUUUUUGCACGCGAUAGCUAUUGGAAAGAUUUGAGAACGAAAAUAUCACCAGUGUUUACGAGUGGCAAAAUCAAACAGAUGUAUCCGCUAAUGAUGGAGGUCAGUUCUCAACUCGAACAUCACUUGGCUCAAAAAGGUGAACGCUUCCAGGCUGAAGUUAAGGAAAUUUGUGCUCUCUUCACUACCGAUCUUAUAGCUACUAUUGCAUUUGGCAUUAAUGCUAAUAGUCUUAAGAAUCCUGACGGUGAAUUUCGUACACAUUGUCGCAAAAUCUUUCUCUUCAACAUACCACGUGCAUUAGAAUUUUCAAUAGCAUUCUUUUUACCCAAAUUAGUGUCACUCUUCCGUGUCAAACUAUUCACUCCAGAGUUUUCCAAUUUCUUGCGAUCCACUAUUAAAUACGUCAUGCAGGAAAGAGAAAAUAGUGGUAAAUUACGUAAUGAUUUGAUUGAUAUAUUAGUGGCAAUAAAAAAGGAGGUAGCGACGGGAAAUAUAAAUGAGGCCAUAGCUAAAAAUCCAGAUGUUUUGGUAGCCCAAGCAGCGGUAUUUUUGACGGCUGGGUUUGAAACUUCUUCCUCAACUAUGACUUUUACGCUAUUCGAAUUAGCUAAGAGGCCAGAUUUGCAGGAGCGUCUUAGAGAGGAAAUCAAUGAGGCCUUGUUAAAAGAAAAUGGGAAUUUGUCUUAUGAAACCAUUACCACUCUGGAGUAUUUAAAUAUGGUGGUGGAAGAGGUAUUGCGUUUAUAUCCCAUACUGCCUUUCUUAGAUCGUCAACAUAACAGGCCUGCUGGUGAAAAACAAGGUUUCAGCUUAAAGCCUUAUUACGAUUACACUUUACCCGAUGACAUGCCUGUAUAUAUACCCAUCUUUGGUAUACAAAGAGAUCCUAAGCACUGGCCAAAUCCCAAUACAUUUGAUCCCGAAAGAUUUUCACCCGAAAAUAAAAAACAACACAACUCUAUGACGUAUAUGCCAUUUGGAAGUGGUCCACAUAAUUGCAUUGGAAUGCGCAUAGGUUUAUUACAAACGAAAAUAGGUCUAGUGCAUAUUUUGAAAAACCACAAAGUAGAGCUUUGUGCCGAAACACCCACCAAGUCUAUAUUUGAUCCAAAAGCGUUUUUAUUACAAUAUGAAAAUGGUGUACCUUUGAAUGUGAUAAGAGAUAAUCUCUAUGAUAAAAAUAUACUUGUUAAAUAAAUAAAUUGUUUAUAAUCGAAUCAAAUUAAAUAAUUAUAAUAUUUAUAGAUAUUAUAACAUGCGUGUAACAAAA